GGGUAGGAUGACAGUGCAUCUCCUCCGGAAGACUGCAUCGGAUCAGGCUGGCCAAGGCGCAGACUCCCUGCAGUUCGCUCUGUUCUCUUCACCGCAGCCCAAGAGCCCCGAAUAUUCCUCCUUCCUGACUAAGCUCGCCGGUCUCCGCCCACCGUGGCAAGGUUCGCGGGGGUCCGAGCCGGAAGUGCGUACCUUCUGGCGCUCUAGUCCUUUCCGGUCUGUCCGGCCAUGGGCUCCUUCCUCCCGCCUAGUCUGCUGCUGUUACCGCUCUUGGUGCUUGUGUUCCUGGGCUUGUGGCCAGAGUCAGGCAAUGGGCAAGAUAACAGCAUGGUCCAGCUGCCAGGUGGGACAUUCCAGAUGGGGACAAAUUCCCCGGAUGGCAAGGAUGGGGAAGGACCCAUCAGGGAAGUAACUGUGAAGCCCUUUGCCAUUGAUAAAUAUCCUGUCACCAACAAAGAUUUCAGGGAAUUUGUCAGGCAGAAGAAGUACCAGACAGAAGCUGAGUCAUUUGGGUGGAGUUUUGUUUUUGAAGACUUUGUGUCUGAUGAGCUGAAAAAAAAAGUGACCCAGAAGCUGGAGUCUGCACCCUGGUGGCUCCCAGUGGAAAAGGCAUUUUGGAGGCAGCCUGCAGGUCCAGGUUCUGGCAUCCGAGACCGGCUAGACUUCCCGGUGCUGCAUGUGAGCUGGAAUGAUGCCCAAGCUUUCUGUGCCUGGAGAGGCAAGCGGCUGCCCACGGAGGAGGAAUGGGAGUUUGCUGCCCGGGGCGGGCUGAAGGGUCGAGUAUACCCCUGGGGGAACCAGUUCCAGCCAAACCGCACCAACCUAUGGCAGGGCAAAUUCCCCCAGGCUGAUACAGCUGAGGAUGGUUUCCAUGGAGCCUCACCUGUAGAUGCUUUUCCUCCCCAAAACAACUAUGGAUUAUAUGACCUCAUGGGCAAUGUGUGGGAGUGGACAGCAUCCACUUAUGGACCUCCUGUCCCUGGCCAAGACAGGAGGGUGCUGAGGGGAGCAUCCUGGAUUGACACAGCUGAAGGUUCAGCCAACCACCGGGCCCGAGUCACUACCAGGAUGGGCAACACUCCAGACUCUGCCUCGGACAACUUGGGCUUCCGCUGUGCAGCCAGCCCAGGCCGGCCUUCUGGGGAACUGUGAACAGAGACCAAGAGACAAAGGGGAGAAACCCUUGUGGCCUUGCUCCUGUGGCCAGCCAAGACUCGACUUAGCCAAUGCCUUAUCCAUAAAACAUCAAGCCCAGACGGAGGGACAGCUGGACUAACUCCAAUCUCCUCCCUGGACACAUCAACCAUUCUCCCUUUCUCCAUCCUCACACCCUGCCCCCACCCCACCCCCAGGUCUCUACUGAGUCCCACUGGCUGAAUUCUGGCUGAGGCUGAGAAUGACCAACCCUACAGGACUAGGAUCAUUGCCAACUUGGGGAACCAAAGACCCUAGUGUUGACUAUAGUUUACAUGUGGCAAGCACACCCACCUGCACAUUUGAUGGACAAUCAAAGCUUGUAGCUGAGAAUCAUGGCUUGUUGGAAAUGGAAUGGACCUUCAAGACCAGGAGUUCCCAUACUAAUUCAGCCACAGAACAUUAAUUUGCGCCUUGCAAUAUAUUGUUGAAAUACUGGUCCAGAGGGUAGAGGCGGGAGGGUAUGAAAUAUCCUCUGAGAAUUAAUGGGGAGGUAGAGAAAAUCUUGGAAUGAAAUAGAUGAAAUUGUCUUCAUACCAAAAAAAGUUGUUGUAUAUACAUAUAUUUUAGAUACAACUUCAUAAUUUAUACUAGGUUAGCUCAGUUUAUCAUAUUUGAGAGAGAAUAGCACUAUUUCUAAUAGAACCCCUAAUGGUAUUGUGCCAUCUCUCAGGGUCUAACACCUGCCUCCCAGGCUUGUGUGGAUCAAAUGAAAUAUUUGUAAAGUACUUAGCUUAGUGCCUGGUACCCAGUAGGUGCUCUAUAAAUAUUUCCCUUCCCCUUCUGUGGAACCCAGUUUGGGAAUCACUGCUCUUGUACAAGCCCUUCAUGUGACAGAGGAAAUUGGACUUCAGGAUGUGAAUCUUAAAACUGCUCAGACUGUACCUUAGAAGAUUUGGUUAAGUUUUUCCCCUAUUGUAACAAUGGAGGUUCUUGAUCAGUAAUGUAUUUGAGAACUUUUAAAAUUAUUUCACCCUACUCAGACAGUGCCUUAGGGGAAAAUAAAGUUGCAAACUUCUGACUGAACAAUGAAAAGUCCCUAACUCAUAACUUAUAGUAAAGCUAGGUCUAUUUUUAGAUCUAAUACAAAAAGAUGCUCAGUACCUAUAAAGUUCAAAUUAAUACCUAAAAGGUCAAGCAACUUACAAAAGGCAAGCUUAACAAAAGAGGUGUGAAGUACUCACAAGAUUUUAUCUAACCAAAGAAGAUGAGAACUAAGAAUGGGCAGUCCUGGAAAAAAGCAUCUAUUGUGAUUGGUAGAUGUGAAAAUUUAAGGGAAGUGACAUAAGAGAAAAUUUCUUUAAAAGGAGAAGGAUUGAACUCAGUGGAGGAGUUCAGGAGUUCAGUGGAGGACUGGAGCUUGCUUGAGACGAUCUUGUGGUGAAUGAUAAAAGACCGACUUACUUUUCCUUAGCUUUGGCCUAAGCCUUUUCUACUAUUUUCUCUUUCUCUUUCCCUUAAUUCCUUCAUUUGUAUUUAUUAAAAUCUCUGUAAAACCCA